ACUUGAUGGUUCGGAUGAUUCCCGAAGAAGAUUUACAGAUAUUCAAGACUUUAUUCAGAGAGUUGUGGAAAAACUCAAUGUAGAUGGGAACAAAGAUCAUGUGUCUGUGGUUCAAUAUAGUGACACAGCAGAGGUCAAUUUUAAGUUGGGUAUGCAUUCAAAAAAAGAUUCUGUUCUUGAUGCUGUAAGAGGUCUGAGGCACAAAGGAGGAAGUCCUCUAAAUACUGGAACAGCUCUCCAGUACGUGAGGAGCAAUGUCUUUACUGCCUCCAAUGGAAGUAGAAGCCUGCAAGGUGUUCCACAGAUACUGAUACUGCUGAGUGGUGGAAGAUCGAGAGAUGAUAUCAGAACCCCUGUCACAAAGCUCAAAGAAAUGGGAGUAAUUUCAAUUUGUAUUGGCACAGGAGAUGCCGACACCCUUGAACUACAAACGAUAUCUCAUGAACCUAAUUACGCCCUUUCUAUUACUGAUUUCGAAGACCUUCCCACAAUUCAGGGAGAAUUGUUGUCAUUGUUAACAGAAGCAUCCCAUCAACUCGUGCCAACUGUCCCUACCAUGCAUUUUGAAUCUGACAAAAAGGAUGUUGUAUUUCUCAUUGACGGAUCUGACGACUCUAGAACUGGCUUUGCUGGGAUUCGCCGCUUUGCAGAGAAAGUAGUGGAGAGUCUUAAUGUGGAGGAAAAUGGCGACCGGGUGGCCCUUGUUCAGUACAGUCGGGAUGCCACACCCAAUUUCUAUCUGAAUUCAUACUCUUCUAAAAAUGAUGUGCUUAAUUCAAUAAGAUCCAUGAGGCACAAAGUUGGAAGACUCCUCAACACUGGCACAGCACUGCAGUUUGUGAGAGACACUGUCUUUACUGCUUCAGCUGGAGGCAGACGUGCAGAGGGUGUGCCUCAAUAUCUAUUUGUUUUCAGUGGUGGGAGAUCUAGUAAUGACUUAAGGGGACCUGCGCAGUCAUUGAGAGGGGAUGGAGUAAGAACAUUUAGCUUCGGAACAAGGAAUGCUGAUACAUUGGAGUUACAAAGCAUAUCUUUUACACCAGCACACUCUUUUUCUGUUGCCAAUUUUAACAAGCUUGACGGGAUACACUCUUCCGUGGCUGCUGUAAUGAGUGGUGUUAAGGAAACAACUGAUAUUUCAACUGUCAUUGACAAUUCAACUUUGUUGACAUCAGAUAUCCAGUUGGUGGAUGGGGUCGACGUUGUAUUUUUACUUGAUGGAACUGAUAAGAUGCGAGAAAGUGUCCAAUCAAUACGUGAUUUUCUUGGACAAUUUGUUGAACAUCUCGAAAUUGGGCCUGACAAAACACAUGUUGCUGUGAUCCAGUACAGUGACAAACCCACCACUAAUUUCCUAUUGAACACAUACUCAUCUAAGAGUGAUAUCAUGGCAAAAGUACGCAAUAUCAAUAUUGAAGGAGGAAGGUCCCUCAACACUGGGGAAGCUCUUGAUUUUGUUAAAAACAAUGUAUUUACUGCCUCCUCUGGAAGCAGACUCCAAGAGGGCAUUCCUCAGAUCCUGAUACUGCUAAGUGGGGAGAAAUCUCAGGAUGAUGUUCUGGUUCCAUCUGAGAGUCUGAAGGCAGAUGGGAUUGUGCUUUUGACUGUUGGGGUCAAAGACGCAGAUGGAGCGGAGAUGCAGAGCAUUGCAUACAGUCCUAAUCAGGCAUAUCUUCUGAGAGAGUUUUCUGACCUCUCUCUUGUUAGACAACAGUUACUCUCAGCAAUUGUCUCUCACAAAGAUGUAGCAAGACCAGGUUUAGUUCAAGGCACCAGUGUGAAAAGAGACAUUGUUUUCCUCCUUGAUGGAUCCGAUGAUGUUAGGAGCAGAUUCACAGAAAUACGAGAGUUUGUUGCGAAAGUGGUGGAAAAGUUUGAUGUGGACCAAGGAAAAGAUCAAGUUGCUGUUGUGCAGUACAGCAACAGUGCAGCAGUGAACUUUAACCUGAAUUCUUACAAGACAAGAGAUGAUGUGCUUACAGCAGUCAGAAAUCUAAGACCAAAAGGCGGGAGGCCUCAAUAUACUGGCACAGCCCUCCAGUUUGUGAAGGACAAUGUCUUUACUAAUAAUGCUGGAAGUAGACGUCACGAGGGUGCUCAACAGAUCCUAGUGCUACUGACUGGUGGCAGAUCGAGAGAUUCUCCUCGAGGUCCUUCCAGGGCACUCAAGAAUUUGGGGGUUGUAACAUUUGCCAUUGGAUCAAGGAUGACUGAUUUGGUUGAAAUGCAAUCAAUAUCAUCUCUUCCAAAUUAUUCUUAUUCAGUCCCUGAUUUUGCAAACCUUCAAAACAUCCAGAAAAAUUUGGAGACACAUCUUGCUCAAGUGAGACCACAAGAAGAAACGAGAGUUGGUAAGAAAUAUUAAACUG